AUGCAACAGCUAGAGACGAAACUAGACGACGCCAACAGUGAAUUAGAACGGGAGCGAGUUGCUCAUUCCGAGACCACGAAAAACCUCCAAACCGCUCAACAGGAAGCCAAAGAAAGCAACUAUCUCAAGAUGAAAGUCAACGAGCUGAAGACCAAGCUCUCCGAACAGGAGACUGCAGCUUCUACGAUGGAAAGGCAACACCUUGACGAACUAGCUCAACAGGACAGCGCUGUAUCAGCACGAGAGAAGCAACUGGGGGAUAAACUCGCCAAACUGGAAGCUGAAAACACUUGUCUUGUCAAGCAACAGGGGCAAACGCAAAGUCAACAAAUGGAAGCCCAGCAGAAAGAAGCUCAGCAGAACAGAGAAGCUCUGGAGAGUAAACAAACAGAACUUGACCGUCUUCAGAAGCGUCUUGCAGAACAAGAGCAACAAUCCAAAACAGCUUCAGAAAUAUUUGAGAAAACGAAAACUGAACUUCAAGGGAAACUUGACCAGCAACUCUCUUCAACUGAAACGUUAAAUCGUCAACAUGCCACUGAAGUUGCAGCACUUCGUGACCAACUGGAAAAAGUUGCACUAGAAAAUCGCAUUCUAAAGUCAACACUCGACGAGCAGACGAAAAAGUGUCAACAAUUAGAGAUACUUCAGCAAGAAUCAGCUUCAAAGUCUCUACAAUUUGAUAAAGUGCAACAGGAACUUCGAAUGUUGCAAAUCACAGCAGAUGAACAAGCUGUAAAGUGUCAACAGCUUAACAUUGUGCAAGAAGCGUUGACGAAACAGGAGAAAAUAACGCAAGAAAUGGAGGAGAAGAACCGCGUUUUACAGACGAAAGUUGAUCGUCUUGAACGAGAAAGCACGGAAAUGAGUAGGAAGUACGAUGUAAUAAGUCAAGAUCUAGACGCCAAGAAGGCGGAAAAUACGACACUACAAGUUGCACUCAACAGGACUCAAGACGAGCUUCGUAGAGCUCAAGAAGAGCUUCGGAAGGCUCAGGAAGAGACCCGAACGAUCAAUAGUAGCUUUGAACAACAGAAGCACCAGCAGCAGUUGGCCACGGACCGAGAACGUAUCACUGCUGACGCUGAAGCGCAGGCUCAGUCGCGUAUCCAGAGACUUCAAACGCAGCUCAAUGUACAGCUAGACGAACAGGCUGGGGCGAAGACGAGGCUCCAGUCAGAGGUCAUUGAGCUACGAGGCGAGUUGGCCAGUGUACAGGCUCAGCAAGUGAAGCCACUCGAGAAACAACGCGACCAGCUUCAACGUGAAGUUGAUCGUCUGGCUGAGCGCGUCCCGACGCUCGAGAAGGAGCUACGCAUCGCCAAGCAAGAGCUGUCGACACAGACAGACCGAACGAACCAACUGGAGCUCGAAGUUGACGUGCUAGUGCGUCGCGAACAGCAGCGCAAAGCACAGACAGACGCGCUCACGACAGCUAAGCACACAGUCGAGAAACAGCUCGCUGCACUGCAAGAUGAACUGCUCAGUGCACAGCACGAUAAGCGCGUAGAUAGUGACAAACUGAGCUUCCGUGUGCGUGAACUAGAGAGCCAAGUGACGCAGAAAGACUACGAAGCGGCGCGAUUGGAAGAACGGUUCGCUAAAGCUGAAGCGUGGCGUGCUAAGGAAGCUGCGCGCGUGGAAAAGCGCGGUGCGCAGCUGAUGGAGCUACGCGAGCAGCUCACAGCGAUACAGGCGCGUCAUGUAGAGGUUGAGACGAGUGCUGAGAUCCAGGAGCUGCGUGCGGCCAAGCAGAAGGCGGAGCUCGCGCUGCAGAAGCUCGAACGCGAACUGAGCGACGAACGGGACGCUCGCAAACGCGACGAAAUCCGACGGACAGAGGAACUGCAACGUAUGCAACAAGCGGUAGAAUGGCAACUCCCUCAACUGGCGCAAGCUUGUGUAACGCGAUCAAGUGAUGAGUGGGCAAGGAAGUGUCGAGCUGUAGCCAAGAAGCUACGUGACGAACUUAGUAUGCGUGCAUUACAAGAGCGAAACGAGCUUGUUGCACGAGAACAUCAAGCUCAUGAAGCUUGCGAGAGAGCGCAACAGAAACUAAAGACUGCAGUUGCAGAUAGCGACUUCUUGAGACGUGAAGUAGGUCGUCUAGAGGACAAUAAUAAGGUGUUGCUCGAACAGCUCCACACUAUCCGGGUGUAUCUGAUGCAGCGCCCGAUGCCUACUCAAGUGUCCGGUGUGUCAUGGACGCAACCUCCUUCAAACCCGAUGCCACCGUCUGGUGCUACAGUACCGAUAAACUUCAGUGACUUGUCUACAGUCAACCAAUUGAACACCCAACUCGGUGUCUUGCACGCGCAAUUCCAGCAACUUUUUGACUCAAAUGAGCGACGACAGUCGUUCUCACCCAGCGAUCGCUUCGAGAUCCCUGGAUCUCCUAUUGGGAGAGCUCCAGGGACCCCGAAGCAGUCGCUCAACGACCAGAUGAAGCGGAAAGAAGAGGAAGAAGAGGCGGAAACGGAGCGAAUCGCAAUGGAAGCGUUGAUGGACCAGAAGAUCGCGACCGGCAACUCGCCGUCACCUUUUCAGCGACAACAAGAGGAACUGCUGACGACACUUGAGUCACUUGGAGGUUCCAAUCCGCGGUGGAUGCCGGUGUAUCAGUCUCCGGCACACGGCCCACUCAUGGAUGAAGACAGCGGUGACCAGGAACCGCACUCCACGUUGUGGUAUCAGCAGGAUUACUGGCGUAGCAAAUAUCAAUGA